AAAAAAGACCGCACGGUCCAACCACCACAAAUAUAUAUAUAUGGAGUAAUAAUAUAAUUAUUAAUUAAUGAAACACACGUAAAUAAAAUUGCCUUUAUAUAUCUUGCGACGCGGCAGCGCGGAAAUGGGGACCGUGGUGGAACAAAGGUGUUGGCUGUCAUCUCUACGCCGGGAAGGCCGCCGCCGUCACCAAGCGUGCUCACGCUCCGGCCGCCGAGAGACUUCCGUCUUAGUUUUUAGGAGAAGUCGCAGUGGUGAGGGACUGGGAUGUGGUCAUUCAUUGAAGUCGAGCUGCUGCAGUACUGCAACGAGUUGGAGCGGUGGUAGCUGUUCGCCGGAGAAGGGAUAUGUUGAAGAAGAAGGGGAGGUGUUGGUGGCGGCGUUGAGGGAGGCGGAGCCGAAUAUUGCGGCGCUGAGGGGGUGUACUUUGGUUGUCGUCAUUUCUGCGGAGGUCGCCGACAAUCCUCAUCAUCUUUCUUCCUUACUCGAGGAUAUUUCUCUCCUUCAUGAAUUCGGAAUCAAAUUCGUUCUUGUGCCAGGGACCCAUGUGCAGAUCAAUAAGCUUCUAUCCAAGCGUGGAAGUGAACCUAAGUAUGUAGGUCACUACAGAAUCACAGACACUGAUUCCCUAGAGGCUGCAAUGGAUGCUGCUGCAAGAAUUCGAAUACUGUUAGAGGCAAAACUAUCACCUGGACCUCCCCUGAGUCUUAUCCGCCGACAUGGAGACAGUAAUCGCUGGCAUGACGGUGUCAGAGUCACCAGUGGUAAUUUUCUAGCAGCUAAGAGAAGGGGAGUUGUUGAGGGAAUCGAUUAUGGGUCUACUGGUGAAGUGAAAAAGAUUGAUGUCUCUCGAAUACGCGAGAGACUUGAUCAAGAAUCUAUUGUUAUAAUUAGCAAUGUUGGCUAUUCAAGUUCUGGACAUAUUUUGAAUUGCAACACAUAUGAAGUUGCUACAGCCUGCGCAUUGGCCCUCAGAGCAGAGAAAGUCAUUUUCAUUCUUGAUGGUCCAAUAUUAGAUGAAUCUGGACGUCUUAUUCGUUUCUUAACAGUUCAGGAUGCUGAUUUGUUGGUCCGCAGAAGAGCUUAUCAAAGUGAAACAGCUGCAACUUAUGUGAAAGCUGUGAGUCAUGAAGACUUACCACUGGGCUAUCAAGUUUCUAAUGGAUUAGUUUUUUCUCAUAACAGAAAUGGAUAUAGAGAUAAAUAUAACCCCACAUUCCACAAUGGAGUUGGCUUUGACAAUGGGAAUGAGCCUUGGUCUGGUGAACGAGGUUCUGGAAUUGGAGGGCAAGAGAGGCUAAAUCGGUGUCAUGGUUACCUUUCAGAGUUAGCCACAGCAGCUUUUGUUUGCAGUGGAGGUGUUCAAAGAGUUCACUUGUUAGAUGGAACCAUCGAUGGAGUUUUAUUGAAGGAGUUGUUUCAAAGGGAUGGCUUUGGUACAAUGGUGGCUAGUGACCUUUAUGAAGGAAUUCGAAUGGCAAGGGCAUUGGAUAUACCAGGAAUAACACAAUUAUUGCAACCUUUAGAAAAAUAUGGAACAUUGGCUUGGAGGACAGAGGAGGAGCUUAUUGUGGCAUUGGAUUCGUUCGUUGUUGUGGAAAGAGAGAGCCAAAUUAUAGCUUGUGCUUCUCUAUUUGCAUACUUGAAAGAAAAAUGCGGAGAGGUUGCUUUUAUUUCCGUUUCUCCUAAAUACCGUGGCCAAGGGCAGGGAGACAAACUACUUGAUUAUAUUGAAAAGAAGGCAUCUUCCCUCGGCAUACAAAUGCUUUUUCUUCGUACAACUCGUACAGAGGACUGGUUUGUAAGACGCGGAUUUUCAGAAUGCUGCGUUGGUCAGAUACCAGUGGAGAGAAGGAAAAGAAUCAAUGUUUUGCACGGGUCAAAAUGUUACAUGAAGAGGCUGCUGCCUGAUAGAAGCAGUAUUCACUUUGAUAAUGUGUCAUUGGCAUGAGAAGAGCAACAUUAUAGGCUGUUCGGCGCCCCGUGGCGGUAUAUUGAUUGAAUGAGAUAAUAAGCUGCUUGUAGCAGUGUGGCUGCAACUCUAGGUGUACGAGCUGCAAAAUCAAUAUGGCUGUGCAAACUGCAAGAGAAUAAGUGCAGCAUAUACUGAUGUGUAUACAUCAACAUCAUGUAUUAUACUGUAUUUCCUAAAAUCCUGUUCAUAACUCAUAAGUUGUUCAAGUGUUAUAUGUUCAGAAUAACGUAAAUGCUUGAUCAGUAGCAGGCCCGGCCGGCCGGCCUUGAUAUGUCUAAAACCCUAAAAUUCAAUAUUUCUUUUAU